AGGCGCAGACUCGGUUUGGAUGUACAAUUAGCACAAUUGUGAAUAUUCCCGCAAUAUAUUAUUGUGUAGCUUAUGUAGCUGAGAAUUGCAGUUCUCUCGGUUUUCCACUUGCCAAGCACUAUGGAUGACGACGAUGGAAUUGUGCUGAACUUGUCCGCAGCGACAAGCCAGUCGAAGGCCGCCGUGCGCUCGGCUCCAGUCCGCCUGAACAAGAAAGACGCCAGGGCUGCGAAGGCAGCGCGCAGAGAGCAGCAGGCUGCCUACCCUGGCGACGAUGGUUUCAACGACUACGACUACGACUAUGACUAUGAUUCUGGGCAUGGCGGCAGCAGCAGCAGUCACGCUACUGGUAACUCCACGGGCGGCAGGAACGGUGGUGCCAAAUUUCUGCCGAAGACCGACGGCACAGCCUCGCCAGGCUCCAACACUGGGUAUGGUGACGUUGUACGUGGCAAGGACCAGGCGCGGGCCAAAACCAGUGGGUUUGGCACGAAAGGCAAGACGGGUGACGGUGGUGGGAGUCACGCUGGACACUCUACUAACAAGGAGAAGACUAAACCGAGCGAGGUGAUCUCGUCUCUCUUCAAGGGAAACCCAGCCAUACCCGCCGCACCAGACAAGCAAUCCUCACAGCUGGUGAAGAAGCAGGCAGCCAAGAAGCGGGCUGUCGUCGGAGAAGGCGUGGAAGUCUUCAAUCAAGCAAAGACCUUCGAGGAGCUGGGUAUAAUCCAUCGCAUGAUCGCCAAUCUGGACUCCACGCUGCACAUGUCCAAGCCAACGGGCGUGCAAAGCGUUAGUAUACCAUUGCUACUGGAAGGUCAUGAUUGUCUCGUUCAGUCACAGACAGGAUCAGGUAAAACUUUGGCCUACUCACUACCGCUUGUCCAGCGUCUCAGCGAGAUAGAACCGAAAAUUGACCGUAAUGGAGGACCGUACGCGUUCGUGCUACUUCCGACCAGAGAGCUGGCACUGCAGAGUUUUGAAGUGUUGCAGAAGGCGUGCAAGUGCUGCUGUUGGGUAGUGCCAGGCUGUAUCACUGGUGGGGAGAAGAAGAAAGCAGAGAAAGCCAGAAUACGUAAAGGGUUGAACAUCAUUGUUGCAACGCCCGGUCGCUUGCUCGAUCAUAUCCAGAAUACGAACUCGUUCUUGCUGUCCAACGUUAGAUGGCUGGUCUUGGAUGAAGCAGACAGGCUUCUAGAUCUUGGGUUUGAGAAGGAUCUAGCAGCAAUUAUAGAGGCUUUGGAUAAGGCCAAAACAUCCGUACGCCGCCAGUCUGUCUUGCUGUCUGCAACAUUGAGUAGCG